AUGGACCACACAGGAAAUGCCACAAUGUUCGUGGAGGUGAGUUUGACAGAAACCAGUUGCUUUUGGAGAAUAACACAAAACACAGAAAAUAAUGGAGACAUGUGGAAGGACUGUCUUUUUGAAAUUCAGACAUCACAGAAACCUAGUAUUCAAAGAAAUUUAAGAAUCAAAAAAUAUCAAUAUAUUCUGACACUGAUUUUUGUCACCGAGGAGAUCAACAAGAAUCCCAACCUUUUACCCAACAUCUCUUUGAAAUUUAAUUUCUUUCCUGACAAGUGUGACGAUUCAUUUAAAAUUAUAAUUUUCUUACGUUGGAGAGCAGUUAUAUAUCGCAAGCUUCCUAAUUACAGCUGUAAAUUGAUGGGAUGUGGUAUACUACUUACAGGACCAACAUGGGCAGCAAGUAGCAAAAUUGGGACAUUUCUGAAGAUCUUUCAUCAUGCACAGAUUCACUAUGGUCCAUUUCAUCCUAUUCUGAGUGACCACUAUCAGUAUCCUCAUCUGUAUCAGAUUGCCCCCAAGAACACAAGACUGGCUUUUGCCAUGGUCUCCUUAAUGCUUCAUUUCAACUGGACCUGGGUGGGGCUGGCCAUCCCUGAUGAUGACCAAGGUACCCAAUUUCUCUCAGACUUGAGAGAAAACAUACAAGGAAAUGAACUCUGUUUAGCCUUUGUGAAUGUGAUCUCAUUAAACAUGGAGUUAUACAAUACAAGGGCUGAGAUAUAUUAUAAACAGAUUGUGACAUCAUUGGCAAAUGUUGUUAUCAUUUAUGGGGAAAUGAAUUCUACACUAGAAUUGAGUUUUAUAAGAUGGGCUUAUCUACGCAUCCAGAGUAUCUGGGUUACCACCUUACAGUUAGAUGUCAUCACAAAUAUGAAAGGAGAUUUCAUGCUUGACUCAUUCCUUGGGACUAUUGUUUUUUCAACCCACCAUCAUGAGAUUCCCAAUUUCAAGAAAUUUAUCCAAACAAUGUGCACUUCCACAUAUCCCAUAGAUAUUUCACUGCUGAAAUCAGAAUGGAUGAACUUUAAUUGUUCAGACAAUGAAUCUAAAUGCCAAUCACACAGCAUGUGUUUACCUAACACUUCAUUAGAAUGGUAUGCAGAUCAAGGAUUUGACAUGGCCAUGAAUGAAGAGAAUUACAAUCUAUACAAUGCUGUGUAUGCUUGGGCAUAUGCCCUUCAUGAAACAUUAUUUCAACAGGUAGAUGCUCAGCCAAGGACACCUCAAAACCUACUUGAUUGCCCAAAGUUUUACCAUGCUCUGAAGAACAUACAAUUUAUUAACCCUGUUGGAGACCUAGUGACAGUUAAUGAGAAUACAAAGAUUGAUGCAGACUAUGAUAUUCUCCACAUGUGGAAUUUUCCACGAGGUCUUGGAAUAAAGGUCAAAAUAGGACAGUUUUCUCCAUAUAUGAAUAUUGGUCAGCAAUUGUAUUUGUCUGAUAAGACAAAAAAGUGGACAACAGGAAGUAGGCAGAUUCCCUCCUCUGUGUGCAGUGAGACUUGCAGGCCUGGUUUCAGGAAGUUCUGGCAGAAGGGAAAGGCAGCCUGCUGUUUUGUUUGUUUCCCCUGCCCAGCAAAUGAGAUUUCUAACAAUAUGGAUAUGGAUCAAUGUGUGAAGUGCCCAAUCGAUCAGUAUGCCAACAAAAAGCAAACUCACUAUCUCAAAAAAAUUGUAACAUUUCUGUCUUAUGAAGACCCCCUGGGGAUGGCUCUGGCUUGCUUGGCCCUGUGCUUCUCUGCACUCACCUCUCUUGUUCUUGGGGUUUUUGUGAAGCACCAAGACACACCGAUUGUAAAGGCCAAUAAUCGAACAAACAGCUACAUCCUGCUCAUCUCCCUCAAGUUUUGUUUUAUCUGUUCAUUACUCUUCAUUGGAUAUCCCAAAAUAGUCACCUGCAUCCUGCAGCAGGUCACAUUUGCAGUUCUGUUCACUGUGGCUGUGUCCACUGUCUUGGCCAAAACAAUUACUGUGGUUCUGGCCUUCAAGGCCACUGCUCCAGGAAGAAAGAUGAGGGGAUUGCUCGUAUCAGGAGCACCUAACUUCAUCAUUCCCAUCUGUACCUUGAUCCAACUUGUUCUCUGUGGACUCUGGCUGGGAACAUCCCCUCCCUUUGUGGACACUGAUGCACACUCAGAACAUGGGCACAUCAUCAUUGUGUGUAAUAAAGGCUCAGUCACUGCCUUCUACUGUGUCCUGGGAUACCUCGGAUCUCUGGCUGUAGGGAGCUUCACUGUAGCUUUCCUGGCCAGAAACCUGCCUGACACAUUCAAUGAAGCCAAGUUCCUGACCUUCAGCAUGCUGGUGUUCUGCAGUGUGUGGCUCACCUUCCUCCCUGUCUACCAUAGCACCAAGGGGAAGGCCAUGGUGGUAGUGGAGGUCUUCUCUAUCUUGUUCUCCAGUGUGGGAUUGCUAGGUUGCAUCUUUUUCCCCAAGUGUUACAUCAUUUUAUUAAGACCCAGUAGAAAUUCUGUUCAGAGGAUCAAGAAGAAACAACCAAUUUAUUGUUAA